CGAUGACCUCACCGGCCAAGUCAUUUCCUGUUCCACGACCUGCGACAGUGUAGUACGCACACUCAGAAGGGUUUUGAGCGACAGCGUGAACCUUGAUCAGAAUUUCACCGUCACCUGGCCGUAGAACAGGGACGAUGUCGGCAGCAAAAGACUUGUUUUUCUGGAUGAUGACAGCGAGCUGAGUAGGGGGUGUUGCGGAAGACAUCAGGCUCAAGCUUUGAGAGGAGGGGUCGUUUCUGCUCUUUCACGAUGGGGAAAAGCAUAUUAUAGCCGGCUGAUCCCUUACAGAUACUGAUGUCGUACUACAUUUUCUUUAGGCCUCAAGCUCCUUUCAUGGAGGAGAACGUGAGUAACGUUCUGUCUCACGGAGGUCCAUGCAGGGUGGAUAUUACAGGGCAGCGCGUUCCGCGAAAUCUCUAUGCUUCUAUCGCGGCGCCCCGCAGUCGAUAUUUCUAAUCUGACCUCCACUCGGCGCUUCGCCCACAGGUUUCGAC